AGACUUAGAAGAGCUUAUUUUUGUAUAAGUCAGUGAUGGACACGAUGAGGCAGCGUCGUGUGAAGAAGUCAUGAGCGAGACGCUCAGAAGCGAGGGCGCUGACAGCGCGCACCUGCCGCCAUUCUCCACGUUCGGGGAGAUGGCGGACGAGCAGCGGAUCCUCACCGCCGACACCCGGCUGCUAGACCCCGCCUGGGAGUACUACGAGCGCACCGGCGACACCGUCUCCGUCAUCGCCAGCCAGGCGCAGUAUCGCCCCUGGGAAUCGAUGCCGCUCACCGUCAACUCUAAGGACGCCAUCCUGAGAGCGGGGUUCUCCGCCUCGCUCGACUACCAACCCGUCACCCUGCAGCCCAUAGCCAACAAGCUGCCUUCCUUCCAAAGCCAGUUCCAAACGUUCCCCGAGACCACCGUGAUACCGGAGACGGGGCUCCCGAGCGUGACCCCCGUGCCGGUGACCGCCAGCCCGACGCCCAGCGCGAGUCCUAGUCAGUUAACUCAACUCACGCAGCUCACGACGCCGUCGUCUCCGGCGCACCUGACCACGCUGGCGCAAGUCACGCCACUCUCGACGACUCUCACCACUCUGUCGCCUGUCAACGCCACCACAUUCCACACGCUAACAGCUGUCAACGCUAGAAGCUACCCCAUUGUUCCCGCUCCGUUACAAGCGAGGGAGCUGGCCCCCGCCGGUCAGACCUACAUCGACGACAGGCACAUACAACUUUAUCAACCGAUUAACACGAUUAAUACGUUCCCGGCGCAGAAUGGCAUUCUACACCAAAACGGGACAAUACUUCAUCAUCAGAAUGGGAGUUUGAUACAGAACAUUCAGAGCCCGACCGUCGUGCACGUGUUGAAGAACGAGCCGUUUGAUGUGAAGUCGCUACAAGACAAAUACACGCCGAACGGGCUGCACCAUAGUAAUUUCCAGAAUCCGAUGUUAUUAGAUAACGGUUAUGAGAAAAAAACAAAUGGAUUCGGGAGUGGUUCUUCACCGACGAGGUCUGACUUUAGGAAGAAGGAGCGGCGGAAAAUGAGGGCGAAUAGUUCUGAGUCUGACGGGUCGAACAUGGAAGUUGGCUCGGAGAGCAGCGGGCAGGUGGCGGCCGUGUCGUCUACCGCCGGGUUCAAGUCCCCGAUGCACGGAGCGCCGCCCAUGAACACGGGGCCCAUGGAGCUCGACGACAUAUCCAGCGAGAAACAGACGAAGAAGAAGAGGAAGCGGUGUGGUGAAUGCAUUGGUUGUCAGCGCAAGGAUAACUGCGGCGACUGCGCACCGUGUCGCAAUGAAAAGUCCCAUCAGAUCUGUAAGCAGAGAAGGUGCGAGAAGUUGACGGAGAAGAAGGUAAGUCCCUCAAAGUCAAUUUCAGAAACACCAGACACCAACAGAUGGCGACCAUCGAGAAGAAAGGAGAAUUCUUUGAGACGGCGGCGUCCUAACGAGCUGUUUUGUUACGCCUGUACUGGAUUAAUUGCAUUGUGCUCGGUGUUAAAUCUUGGUCUUCAAAGAGUCUUCUAA